UAUAGACACUUUUCAUAUGCAUAUAUCAAUUUAAUAGAGUUUUUUCUCAUCCAUGGCAAAUUCUAAUGCUUGUAUCGUAGGCUACAUGAAAGAGUAUUUCGCUUUAAAGAAAAAUGUAAUUGACAGCAAUGAGCAGAAGCUAGAGUUUGAGAAUGAAGAGAUGGCAAUAAAUUAUUUGGUGGAGAAUAUUGCUUUGAUGAAGAAUGAAACUCGUGAAGUAACUUUGCCAGAAGAGAGUAACGCUAGGCUUAAAGAUCAAUCGGCUAACAAUAAAGAGAAAAAACGUAAACUGGUUUUGCGUAUAAGAGAUAUGUAUAAUACGACGUACACCGUUAACGAAGACGGAUCUUUUAUGGACCAUGUGCAGGUGUUGUCGGUGGGACUUCCAAGCAGCCGCAACAUUAGAACCUCCACCCGUGAAAUCGAAUUGGAAAACCCCACCAUCAUUAGAACCUCCACCCAUGAAAUCGAAUUGGAAAACCCCACCAACAUUAGAACCUCCCCCGGUGAAAUCAAAUUUAAAAGAUCCACCAACAUUAGAACCAUCCCCCGUGAAACCAAAACACUACCUGCAAGGAACAAGAGACGCUUUGUGCGUUGAAUAAGGUAGAGACACAUUUACACAAAAUGAAUCAUAUAGUUAAUCACAUAUAUAUGCAAUAUAAAUUACAAUAUAUCUAUAUAAAUAUAUAUAUAUAUAUAUAUAUAUAUAUAUAGGAAGAUCCAUCGAGAGUCUCAAAUUAUCCAAUGAUUAAAAAAAAACUGAAAAAAAAACUAUGGAAAAUAUAUUAAUCUAGAGAUAAAGUUCAUGGUAUUAAUAUUGUAUAAAGUAUACAAUAAUUACAUAUUUAUCAAGUAAAAAGAUAGUUUUAUUGAGCUCCAUUCAAGUUUGGAUAAUUAAUAUAUAUAUUUUAUUUUUAUAUAAAAAAAAUAGUUAUAUAAUAGGGGAUCAUUGUGAUUUCAUGUAAUUUAUUAUGUAAUAGAAUAAGAAAGGAUAAUUAUAUCUUGUCUUUUGAAAAAAAAAAAAAUUAUCAACUUUUUAUAUCCCUUUGACUUACACCAUUUUUUUUUUUUUUAAUCAUUCAUAGCAAUUCCUCCUUCUUGAUGGGUUUGAAAAAUAAAUAAAUUAUCCCAGUUAAUAAUUUAUGCAAUUUCUAUUAACUUGUAUCUUAUUUAUAUGUAUCCAUUGAUAUGUACAUAUGUACUUCUGCUACGUACUGGAGCUCGGAAUAUAUGUUUAUGAACUUGUAAUUUCUUUUUA